CCCUGUGCAGCCUGUGUAUGUGCCUUAGGUUUUUUAUUCGUUAAGAAGGGAUGGGGGAGCUUUUAAUAGGAGUCACCUCCUCCUCGUUUCUGCUGCUUCUCCAUAACUGCAGUGAAGGCGGAGACUAGGACAGAGACAACAAACGCUGAAAAAUAUUGUUGCCAUCAUGGACCGGUUUGGUGAUAUAUCAGAAGGUGAAGUGGAUCAUUCUUUCUUUGACAGUGACUUUGAAGAAGCAAAGAAAUGUGAAAGUAACUCAGUGUUUGACAAGCAAAUUGAUGACCCUAAAGAGAGAAUAGAUAAAGAUAUAGAAAAUAUAAACUUAAAAUUUGGAAUACAAACCAAGGAAAAUCAUCUUACUGAAAAGGGAAAUGAAAAAAAAGAGAAAAUUCUUCCAGAAAAGCACUCAAUAGAGAAUGAUAUUAUACAAACUAGAAGUUGUUCAUCUUUGACCACUUCUUCAGGAUCAAAAAAACAGCGUGAUGCUACAACAGGACAUAAAAUGCGCUUGCCCAUUCCAAGUAGAACUCCCAAGAUUGUGAAAGAAGGCAAAGAUGAUUACUACACGGAUAGCGAGGAAAGCAGUGAUGAUGGGAAGAGACGUCAUGUGAGGUCCAAGUCAGCUAAACCAUCUAAUAACUUUAAAAAAGGCGUAAAUAAAAAAUAUCCCAAAAUUAGUUCCUCUUCCUCCUCUUCCUCUUUGUCCUCAUCUUCAAGUUCAGUUACAGAUUGUUCAGAUACAGGGUCUGAUGUCUGUAUAUCUGAUUCAUCUCCAUCAUUAAAGAAACAUGUUUCUGGUAUAACCCUCUUAUCAUCAAAACAGAAAUGUAAUCCAGGAAUAAAAUCAACAGGAAUACAACCUUUAAGUACUAAACCCAAAGUCAGUGACCACGCUGAGGAAUCUGAAGAUACUGUGACCGACGUAACUCCUUUGUCAACCCCAGAUAUCAGCCCUAUUCAGUCUUUUGAACUAGCUGCAUCAAAUGAUCAAAAAAUAAAAGUUAAAAGGCAAGAAAACGUGAGCCAAGAAGUAUAUGAAAAUAGUGAGGAUUUGAAGAGUAAUUCAAACAAUUUGAAAUCAGCCAGAAAAGGGAAGGAAAAAUGUGGGCCUAGUCUUAGCUCGACCUCGAAGUCUUCAUCAUUAGAUUUCAAUUUAGACCAAAGACAUAAACAAAAAGUCUUACAUGACACAAUGGACCUAAAUCAUCUUUUGAAAGCUUUUCUGCAGUUAGAAAAAAAGGGACCACAAAAACAUCACUUGGAUCCACCUCCAGUAGCACCUAGGAAAAACUACUCUUUCACAAGAGAGGAGGUGAGACAGAUUGAUCGGGAAAAUCAGAGGCUUUUGAAAGAACUGUCCAAACAGGCUGAAAAACCGGGAAGCAAAAGUACAGUUCCUAGAAGAUCAGUUGGUCAUCCUCCUAAGUUAUAUCACAGUGCUAUCAACAGACAGAGGGAACAGCAAAGGAUCGAAAGAGAAAACUUGGCUUUAUUGAAAAGGCUUGAAGCUGUGAAGCCCACGGUCGGUAUGAAACGCUCAGAACAGCUAAUGGACUAUCAUCGCAAUAUGGGUUAUCUCAGCUCAUCACCGUCUUCAACACGAGUGAGGUCUACUCUUGGCCAGUACAGCACUCUUGGCCAGUAUAGCCCAUUAAGGGGUGCCUCCCGGACAUCCAGUGCUACCAGCGGUCUCAGUUGUAAGAGUGAGCGAUCAGUUCUCGACACACCCAGUGGCCUGUUGCUAAGACCCAAGCCCUCUAAUGUCCGUGCAGCUUGGUUAUAAAACCUUUUUUACUUCAUUGUUCAUCCAGUUUUUAUUGAAGUACUGUUGUAUAUUACUGUAAUUCUCUGUGCAAGCAUCUAUAAUAUUGUUUUAAGCAAUUUAAGGUACAUAGCAGUAAGGUGUAAUUUAUUGUAAUUCAAUGUAAAAUUGUUUUAAAAAAAGACAAUUCAGUGUAAAAUCAGUGUUUCUUUUGAGGAUUUAUUUAUCUCAGAUGUAUAUAUAUUUAAUAGAGAAACAGUAGUAUGCGUGUAUAUUUUUUCAACAUACGAAUUGAUUCAGCUGUCUUGCUGACAGGACAUUGGUGACCCAUGGCAUCAUUGCACGUUGGACUCAAGAUGUUGUAGGUAUAUAGUUCUCAUUUUUCUUUCAUUUUUUGUGAGCUUUAACCUGAAUUUAGCUCCUAAAUUUGACUGACUUUGUUUUCUCUUUGCUUCAGAACUUACAAGGUGUGAUUCAUAACUUGAUUGUAUGAUAGUUUCUUAUGGUGAAACAAGUCUUGGAAUUUGUUUUCAUUGGUGGAGCUAAUUGAGAUUUGAUGAAUAGAUGCGAGACACUUGUGCUGGGGCCGUCCUUGUGAUUCACCAGAGGUAUUCACUGCUUCUAAGUGCCGAGUUAAAACUUAAAAACUUGAUUAACCAUUCCACUCUUUCAAACUGUGAAUAUUAGUUCAACUCAGAAACUCCUCUUUCAUGUUUUCAUAUAUUCAGGUAAAGUACUAUUAAUGAUUCUGAGAAAAGAAGGUAGGCUUUAGAGCUGCAGUCUAAUGCAUUGCGAAUAUUUUGUCCAAGGACCAGAUCAGUUGCAUUCUAAGGAAACACAAGUGUUUGUUCAAUCAGUAGAAUAGCACCACCAUCUUGAAAAGCCAAGAAGCAGAUCCUGAGGUUCGUCAGAACAGUGUUUUAAGUUACAUGGCUAGCGUGUCAUGUUCUGAUUUAGUGUUUAUUGUAUUAAGAGAAGACUUAGAAAUAAAUACAUUGUCUCAGAAUUUUAGUAAUGUCAGCUGUUGUUUGUAAGGGCUGAAAAAGAAAACUAAACUAUGAAUGGUAAUGGAAAUAAAUGGCACAUUUGUCAAGGUUACUGCUUUAAAUAUCAGCUUUGUUUUGGUUCUUUGGUUGAAUUUUGGAAGUAUCAUUGUCAGUCCUCCAUUUAAAGGCCUAGUAAUCUCACUGGAAUUGGUUGUGACAGAUACAGAUAGUGUGUGAUAUAAUUCAGUUUUGAAAUUAGAAUAUUUUUCUGCAGUCUGUAGGCUUUUAUCUCGUGCAACAAAGUAUGUUAUCUUAGUCAUGGUGGCUUUGGCCGAGCUGGCCUUGCGCCCUGUUUUCUGCUGCUGGCCUUUUCAGUGUGCCUUUAGAGUGCAUUGGAAAGUCCCUGUUAAAUGCCAAAUAUUUCUUUUUGUAAUACGAAUUUUUGAUCUGUAGCCACAAUAAGAUUUGUUCGUUUGUUUGAUUUUUCAGUAUUAACUCAAGCUCUGUGAGAAACGGUGUACCAUGCAUGCUGAACUUACUGCAUUUCUGAACACCUUUGGCAGUAAGCCAGACUGCCUUUUACAAAACAUCAACUCAUAAUUGUUUGGUCUUAGUUUGUGUUAAUGGAUUUUGUUUAGGAUAGGGCAUGUGAAGGAUGGGAACAAUGGGGUUAAAGCUCUCAUGUGAAUGCAGCCUGGCUAUGAGGUUUUUCUGCUUCUUUCUUUGGGCUGUAAUAGUCAUUAGGUGUUAUUUGAUGCUCUGUUCUGGUGAACAGUUUUUACAUUAUUUAGUGCUUUGCUUUGUAUAUAAGCUGUAGCUAUACUCAACCAGGGUUUUAUUUUGUUUUUUUCACUUAUUGCACUUUUAAUGUUUGCAUAACAACUUAUCUUUAAGGAGACAUAAGAUGAUGCUGAAUUUAAACUCAGCUUUUGGACAUCUGCUUAAUGGUGAGAGUCAGUUCUUUAAAACUGAUUUUUAAUUUGUUAGGGAAAUAUAUUUACAUAUGUACAUAUAUAUGAGACCUUUUGUGUUCAUAAUGGCAUUAGUCUCUGAGUACACUUUGUAUGAUCUUUGCUGCAUAUAUCAAGAUAGAACACAUAGUGGUUUCAUGGAUAAAACUGUACUUUUAUUUUAAAUACAAAUUUAAUGCUUUUAGUUUUUACUGCUUUGAAAGGGGAAGUCAUCUAAGUAUUACUGAUAACAGGGUUUGAACUUGAAGUAAAAAAAGUUGGGAAGAGCAACCAUAUUCACCUUUUUAGACAGAAGUUACAAUCCUGUUGUCAUAGUUAAUUAUAUAUGGUGACUAUAAGUAGAAUAGGAGUUGCAAAAUGUGAUAUUUUCUAAUAUAAGUCAAGGUACUCUGAAGUUGUUAGGGUUUUAGGGGGCAUUUUUCUGAAGGACUCAUAAGUACAUUACUCUUCAUUUUUUUGGAACAUAAGAAGUGAGGGAUCAUCUAGCAGUACUUUAUAUUUGGUUCACUUGUAGUAAGUAUUUGUGCUUUGAAGAUUUAAAUCUGUAAUAAGAAAGCAUACUAAUCUGAGAUCUAGAAUUAUGAGACCAAAUUCUUAUUGAGAGUUAUUUUCAUCUGUCACGUUACAUGAAUGUUGCCUCCUCUUUAAUAAGAUUCUGUGAAAGAUUUUGAGCUGUUAAAAUUACUUCCUGAGGGAUAGCUGUUAGCUCCUACUUCUCCUGCUUCCUUUUUUCAAUCUCCAUGAAAAGAUGCUUUCUAAAUAAAGUUUUCUGGUUUGCUUACAUACGUAGUGUAGUACAGUUUUUUUUUUUUUUUUU